AUGUUGUCUAUUUUUGCCAGAUCCGCCGUCAGAGCUCCAGUCAGAAUCCAGGCCUCCGCCGUUUUCUCCAGGUUCCAGUCCACCUUGAACCAGAUUAACAAGGACUCUGUUGUUGGCCAGUUUUCCGCGCAAUUGUCUGUCAAGUACACCGCCGAGCACGAAUGGUUGGCUUCUGCCCCGGAUGGAACCACCUACGUCGGGAUCACCAAGUAUGCUGCUGAUGCCUUAGGUGAUGCCACCUUCAUCGAGUUGCCAACUGUCGGCGACGUUGUUGAAAUCGGUGACUCCAUUGGUUCCGUCGAGUCCGUCAAGUCUGCCUCUGAGGUCUACGCGCCAAUCAGCGGUGAGGUCUUGGCUGUCAAUGAGGAGUUGGAGGCCAACCCACAGUUAAUCAACGAAGACCCAAUGGGCAACGGUUGGUUUGUUAAGAUCAAAGUUGCCGACGUCAAGGAAUUAGAAACCAACGAAGAGUUGUUGUCUGAGGCCCAGUACCAGGAGUCUUUAUCCGAGGAAGACCACUAA